AUGGAGCAGCCGAGCGCUGAGUUUCUCAACUCUAACUUUGAAUAUUUAGCUUCACUUGACCCACCCGGUGUUGUCAGACAACUUCCCCCGUUGCAUGAUGGUGGUGGGCUGCUUCCACAUGACUUUCAGUUGUCAGUACCAGAAGGUGCUAUCGGGCAGAAAAUAGUACCAUCGAUAAUUCUUCAGGUGAACGAAGUUGCAGACGUGUCACUUCCACUCGCUCAGCGACUUCGUGAGAUUGCACCAACGGGUGCUGACACAGAGGGAGUUUGCACCGAAAUAACGGAGCCAGGAAGCCUUGAAGAAACACUUCGUUCAUUGGAGAGCAAAGAUAAUUCCGCACGUCAUCAUGGCCGGCGGCAGAGGCUGCUUCGUCUGGUCCUUACAGAUGGUUUCGUACGGGUCUUUGCGGUGGAAGACUGUCGCCGGGGUUGCGAUGCGCUACGGACUGGCGUGGUUUUGGGAUCCAAACUGCGUUUGUUUGCACCCCUGCGCUUGUUGAACGGGGUAAUUAUUUUGGAGUCAGAAAAGACAGAACUUCUGGGUGGUUUCGUGAAGGAGAUUCAAUCUUUCUGGGAAGAUUAUGCCGUCAAGAAACUCCACGAAUUAUCCGGUCGCCCGGGGCGGAUCGCGCAGGCUUCUUCUGCAACGAAUAUGAACACGAAUACGAAUACCGCCACUUUCUCAUCCGCCCCUGCGCCUCGAAUUGCGGGUGAUACGAAUCACAGUGGGGUGGCGCCGGGACCAACCCAACAACAACAUCAAAAACAACAUCAAAAACAACAUCAAAAACAACAGCAGAGGCAACAGCAACAACAGCAACUAUUAGAGUAUCGUCAUCAGACCAAUGAAGGAGUUUCAGGGCCUGUGGUGCAACCAUCGCCCCCCGCGGCAGCAUCUGCACAACCAACACCCCCCACAAGACCGGCAGCGCGCUUGACACCAACUCCUGAGCCUUUGUCACAUCCGAGGGUUACGCAAGAGUACUUUGUGCCUGCCACUCCUACACCUGAGCAGCCACCAACUGCAACUCCCCCAUUUUCAACUGCGAUCGGCAAAAUUACCGAUGUUAUGUCGGACUUAACCAUCCGUGACGGUGAGAAUUGCAGUCCUGGAGAACCUCCAUCCUUCUCACUUAAGGUUCUCCUCUCCGUUCAGCAACCACUGACGCCCAGUCUUGAUGUUGGGGAAGAUGGCGCAAUUGUCGUGGAUCUCGGUAAUGCGUGGCUGCAACGUGCACUUGGAAUGAAUGUCGCUUCGUUCCGGUCGUUAACUUCCUCGCAACUUCCCAAUGACCUUGCGCGAAUCAACCAAUUGGUGGAUGAAGUUGGUCGUACGCUGGAGAACUUCGGCAUUGCUGAGUUUCAUAUCCGGCGACGUUUGUCAGACGGUAUACUUGAAGUCGUUCAUGUGCGACAAUUGGAGUAA